AUUACAUAGGUGGCAGUAAUACACUACGUAAUCUUACGUCACACAAAGAAAUAGAAAGUUUCCAGUUUUUGAAAUUUUUAGCGGGUGAAUUUCUUGUUAUCGACAUUUUAAAAAUGGCUACCGGAGAUCUGAAGAAUAAUCUUAAAAAACUUAAUUUAGAAUUAAAGAAAAUUCGUCUACCUCAACAUUUAUUUGACUUUGAAGGUUUUGCAUCUGGAGAUUCAGACAGCUAUCUGCCAGUUUAUGAUUAUCUCUUCGACUGGUUUAGUCCGCCUGUCAUGCACAUGAUAAAUGACAAAGGAUAUAAGUUACCAUCCUAUCAGCAAGAUAAAGGCAAAUUCAUGGAAAAUUUCUACCUUAUUUUACGUGAAAUUUUCAAUUGGAAACCAGUUCUAUCAAUUACACAGUUUUUUUCAAAUGGAUUCAUAGAGCAUAAGGUUAUGAUGUGUUCUGAAACAGUUAGAAGAGUGAGAGAGAAACAUGCAGAAUUGGAAGCAAAAACACCAGAAAGGAAGUUAGUUACUCAUAGUGGAAUAAGAAUGAUCUUCAAAAAUGCUAAUAAUAAUACUUCAAAAGAAGGAUUAAUAAUUAAAAAAGAAAUUACAAGUUUUCCUUCUGACAUGGUUGAUACCAGUUCCAGUUCUGAAGAUAUUUUAAUACAAGAUUAUGAACAUAAUCAGCUUUCAGAAAAAAUGAGCCAGAUUUAUCACAAACUUUUCGAUACUUGCGAAGAAGUCAGAGAAAUGAAACACAAGUUCACCAGUGUAGAAAAUCAACUUCACGAACUGCAACAAAAGAUUAACUGCCUAUCUUUGAAACUCGAACAAUCGCAGAGGAAUUCCAUUCAAAACUGCAACAGUCGAAACAGUCCCCCGGGAAGGAAUAGCCCCAGUUUUAGAGGAAACUGAAAUUGAAUUUGCGGCUUAAUAAUUUAUACAAAAAGAACUUAAAUAAAAAUUGCACACAUUUUGUAAAACAACAAUUUUUUUAAAAAAAAUUUAUGCUAGUUUGCAUGUAACAAAUUGACAUUAAGAAAUUUUGCACAUUUAUUUCCAU